AUGCAGCCGUCCCCCACCACCCUGCACGAGGUGUUUCAGAACAUCCUCGACUACAUUGACCGCCUCCUCGGCCUGACGCUUUCCCUCCCAUCUCCUUCCUUCCAUCCGUUUUCUUCCCUACAACUAUCUCUCCUGCAGCCGUCCCCCACCACCCUGCACGAGCCGUCCCCCACCACCCUGCACGAGGUGUUUCAGAACAUCUUUGACUACAUUGACCGCCUCUUCGCCAUGAUCCGCCCUCGCAAAGUGCUCUUCAUGGGCAUUGACGGUGUGGCUCCGCGAGCCAAGAUGAACCAGCAGCGCUCCAGACGAUUCCGAGCAGCCAAGGACGCAGCAGACGCUGCAGCGGAGGAGGAGCGGCUGAGGAAGGAGUUUGAGCUGGAGGGGCGCAUGGUGCCACCCAAGGAGAAGUCGGAGACGGUCGACUCCAACGUCAUCACACCCGGCACGCCCUUCAUGCAGCAGCUGUCCGUCGCGCUGCAGUACUACAUCCACCUUAGGAUCAAUCAGGACCCCGCCUGGAAGAAUGUCAAGGUGAUUCUAUCAGACGCCAACGUGCCAGGCGAGGGAGAGCACAAGAUCAUGAACUACAUUCGCCUGCAGCGGAACCUUCCAGGCUUCGACCCCAACACACGUCACUGCAUCUACGGACUGGACGCGGAUCUGAUCAUGCUCGCCCUGGCAACACACGAAGUGCAUUUCACCAUUCUCAGAGAGGUUGUGUUUCAGCCCGGGCAGGUGGACAAAUGUUUUCUGUGCGGGCAGACGGGGCACCUGGCGGCGGAGUGUGAGGGCAAGCCGAAGCGCAAGAGGGGCGAGAACGACGAGAAGGACGGGGGUGCACCCAAGAAGCCGUUUCAGUUGCUGCAGUGCUGGGUGCUGCGCGAGUACCUGGAGCUGGAGUUUCGUGUACCAGGGGUGGAAAUGGACCUAGAGAGGGUGCUGGACGACUUUGUCUUCAUGUGCUUCUUCGUGGGGAAUGACUUCCUGCCGCACAUGCCCACUCUCGAGAUUAGAGAGGGUGCCAUCAACCUGCUGGUCUCCAUCUACCGCCGCGAGUUCGCCAACCUGGGGGGCUACCUCACAGAGAACGGCGAGGUGGAUCUGCGGCGAGUGGAGCAUUUCAUCCAGGCCGUGGCGGUGCACGAGCAGUCCAUCUUCAUGAAGCGCGCUCGCAUUCACCAGAGGCAGAAGGAUAGGAGGGUGAGAGACAGGCAGCAGAAGGAGCGCAAUCAGUACCGCAAGGGAGACGAGGCGGCCCCCAACGUGCCCUCCUCCGCCCUGCAGCCACUGCCAGCCUCGCAGCAGCCAACGCACCACGGAGGACUGUACAGCCGCAGCGACAUGAACAGUGCCUCCCGCAACUCCUUCGCGCUGCUCGCCACACCCCUCGCGAACCCCUCUUCUACCACCAAUGGAUCGUCUGGGGGGAGCAACCAGGCGGCUGCUGCUGCGCUGCGCGCCAAGCUGGCAGGCCACGCCACGUCAGCAUCGGCCGACCCGGCUGCGCCACCUGCGGAGGAGGAGGAGGAGGAUUUGCAGGAGGAGCUCAAGCUGAAGCUCAAGUCCGCUCUCAAGGAUAAACCAGAUCUUUUUGCCGGGGGCAAGGAGCCGGAUGACGAGAUCCGGCUGGGAGACGACGGGUGGAAGGAGCGGUACUACCAGCAGAAGUUUGGCGUGACGUCGUAUGAGGAGCAGGAGCGCAUUCGCCAGGACGUGGUGCUCAAGUUUGUGGAGGGUCUAUGCUGGGUGAUGCGGUAUUACUACCAGGGCGUGUGCUCUUGGAACUGGUACUACCCGUAUCACUACGCGCCAUUCGCAUCGGACCUGGUGCACCUGGACGAGUUGGAGAUCCACUUUUUCCUCGGCCGCCCCUUCAAGCCCUUCGACCAGCUCAUGGGCGUGCUGCCCGCUGCUAGUUCGGGCGCCCUCCCAACAGCGUAUCGCAAGCUCAUGUCGGACCCAGCCUCGCCCAUCGUUGACUUCUACCCCACUGACUUCAGUGUGGACAUGAACGGCAAACGCUUCGCUUGGCAGGGAGUGGCGUUGCUGCCGUUCAUCGAUGAGGACCGACUACUGGAAGCCAUCAAGCAAGUCGAGUCCACUCUCACUCCCGAGGAGAGGCGGCGCAACAGCCAGCUGUGCGAGCUCAUGUACUUCUCCUCGGGGUACCCGCUAGCCAAGGCAGUAUGGGAGAUGAUGGGCAAGUGGGGGCAGCUGGACGCCAAGGCACGCGCUCACAAGAAGCACGCCAUCGAGCCCUCCCUCAGCGAUGGUAUGAACGGCUAUCUAGUGCUCUGUGACGGUCAGCCCUGCCCGCCCAUGCUGCGUGCCCCCAUGUCCGGAUUCGAGACCAUCACCAGCAACCAAGUCAUCUGUGUGGUCUACAAGAAUCCCGACUUUCAUCGCCACAUCUGCCGCCCGCCAGCUGGCGCCAUCUACCCCCCCAAGUUGGUAUCAGAGAUGGACAUUAAGUCGGAGCCGCUGUGGCACGAGGACACAUGGGGGCGACGGCGACCGCAGAUACAGGACAGGCGGCCAGUGCAGAAUGCCAUAGGAGGGCCCGCCUUGGGGGCGGCAGCCACUCGUCUGCUUCUCAACUCUCUCGGCGCGGCCGGGCGGCAGGGCGGGGCGGCAGCCGCCCAGCUGCGGGAAGCGCAGCAGCGGCUGUCUCACAUGGGCACUGCCGGCCCUGUGCCCCUGCCUGUUCCUCUAGCGGGCGGCAUUCUCCCCGUACAGUCACCCUACAGCCAGUCCGCCCCUUAUAGUCACGCUCAUGCGGGGGGAUACAGUCACGGGCAAACGGGGGGGUACAGUGCGGUGCAAUCGGCAGACCCUAGGGUUGCUGCUUAUGGAGGGAAAGCAGGGGCGUAUGGGCAGCAGCAGCAGCAACAGCAGCAGCAUCAGCGGCAGCAGCAGCCGCAGCAGCAGCAGCAGGGGUAUGGGUAUCGGGGGGGACAGGCCGUAUACCAGCAGCAGCAACCGGCACAGGGGGGGUAUUAUCAGCAGCAGCAGCAGCAAGGGGGGUACGGUGGGAAUGUGUGGGUGAGGCCUGGUAGUGGAGCAUGCGCACAAGUGGCACCACAAGUGGCAGCACAAGCGGCAGGGGGGUAUGGGCAAGCGGGAGGGUAUGGUGGGAGAGGGGGGUAUGGGGCGGGGCAACAGGGGUAUGGGGGGGGUCAGCAGCAGCAGGGGUAUGGGGGGCAACAGGGACGGGGCCCAGCAGUCGUCCCUCCCGCUCCUCCAUCCCAUCCCGCUCUUCCGCUUCUAGUCGUCCCCCGUACCUCUCCGCAACCCCCACUCCCCGCAUGGAUGGGGGGGAGCGUUCCCAGCGUGGGCCAUGCCAUGCCAUGCAUGGACCAUCCACCCCUCUCAUUCGCUAACACGAUUUCAUGCCUCACCUCCCCCCAAUCCGCCCUCCACCAGGUGGGGCACAGGUGGGGAGCGUUCACAGCGUGGGCCACGGCCAUGGACCAUGCGCACCUCAUCUGCCAUGUCAACCCUUUCUGUUCCGCAUCCACGUUCGUGCCACCAGACCGGCCAUGGGUGGGGCGCAUUCACAGCAUCGGGCACGGGUGGGGUGCGUUCACAGCGUGGGCCAUGGCCAUGGACCAUGCGCACCUCGUCCGCCGCGUGGCAGUGCUCUGUGGGCCCCACCCCCUCGUCUUCCACAACUGCCUGUCGCUCUGGGAGCCCCUCACACUGCUGAGAUACUUCUACUGGUGUGAGUGCCACUGCUCUGCUUUGUUGUUGGAGUCAGUACCUUGUUCUGCUCUGCUCCGCUGCUGCCGCCGCACCUCCUCGUCCUUCACCGCUGCCUGUCGCUCUGGGAGCCACUCAGUACUCACCCUGCUGCGCUACUUCUACUGGUGUGACUGCUGCUCGCCUUGGGGAAGAACCAUGUUACUCACGCCGUGCGGUGCUCUGCGCUGUGGGCUGUACCCCCUUGUGUUCCACCACGACUGCCUGUCGCUCUGGGAGCCCCGCCCGCACACUGUUGCGCUACUUCUACUGGUGUGA